AUGAGAGCUAUAACCAAAGCAAUCAACAGUUUGAAAAACUACAGCCCUAUUCUCGCUGAAGAACCAGCUGGACCUCAAGUCCUAACUGAUAUCCCAGGUCCUAGAUCCAAGGUCCUUUUAUCUACCUUAAAUAAUUUCAGCCAGGACCCUCGAACCGUACUCUUUAUUCAGAUAAAACUUUUCAUUGAUUUUAAGCGAUCUAAAGGAAAUUACGCUGUAGACGCUGAUGGAAAUGUACUAUUAGAAACUUAUUCGCAAGUCGCAUCCCUCCCUAUUGGAUAUAACCAUCCCGCACUUCUACGAGUAAGGGUUACUUAGGCCGCAAGAUCCCCAGAAUAUAGAAAAUAUCUGUCACAGCGCCAAACCACUGAAAUGCCAGAUAAAAACUGGCCAACAAUGAUACAAGAGAUACUGAUCCCAAUCGCACCAAAAGGAUUAACUGAAGUAAUCCCAAGCUGUGGGUGUGGUGCCGGCGCUAACGAAUACGCUUAUAAGCUUGCAUUUGCUCAUGCAAUGAAAAAGAAUCGCAACGGAGCAUCCCCAUCGAUUCAAGAGCUUGAAGAUGCUCUUCACAAUAAAGGUAACGAUCUUGCGAUUUUGUCAUUUAAAAGUUCAUUUCAUGGAAGAACCUUUGGAGCUCUCACAACAACCCAAAGUAAACCAAUCCAUAAGCUUGGUCUCCCCACCUUUGACUGGCCAUCAAUACAGUUUCCUGAUAUAAAGCAUCCUUAUGCAGAAAACGAAACUCAUAAUAAGGCUGAAGAAAACCGCGCAUUGGCCGAGCUAGAAAUGGCUUUUAAAACUUCUAGUAAGCAGAUCGCUGGGGUAGUUGUAGAACCAAUACUAGGAGAAGGAGGCGAUAAAUAUGCAUCUCCUGAAUUUUAUAUAAGACUUCAAGAUAUUGUACAUCAGAAUGGAGCGUUAGUGAUUGCAGACGAAGUACAGACUGGGGUCGGAGCUACAGGGAAAUUCUGGGGACAUGAGCAUUGGGGAUCACAUGCGGAUCCAGAUAUUGUGACCUUUGCAAAAAGGAUGCAAAUUUCUGGGAUUUUUUAUAAACCUCAUUUAAGGGCAGAUAGGGCAUAUUCCAUUUAUAAUUCUUGGCAUGGAGACCCAAUAAGACUGCUGAAUUUGAAGACAGUGGUUGAGGUCAUGGAGGAUGAAGAUUUAUUGGCUUUGUCGAGGAGCACUGGAAGUGUUUUGAAGAAUGGACUUAUGGAAUUGCAGCGAAGAUUCCCAAUUUCUAAUAUAAGAGGAUUAGGAAGCUUUAUGGCAUUUGACUUAGAUGAUGGAAAAACUGCUGAAGCUCUGGUAGAUGAAAUGAUUAAAGCUGGCGUUAAUUGUGGAACUUGUGGGUGCCGAAGUAUAAGAUUAAGGCCAUGCUUAACAUUCGAAGCCAAACAUGCAGAGAUUUAUUUGGAACGGGUAGAAUAUGCCCUCAGAAAAAUGUUUUCUGAUAAUCCAAAAGCCUGAUAA